AUGACUAAGAGAAUAGAUCAGGUUGACGAGAGAGCUCACCAGGGUCGAGAUAAUCUGAGAGAUGAACUAACGUACGCGGAGUCGCAGGCGAGGGUUGAUCAGGCUCAAUUGAUUCGCAACACCGAUCAAUGCCUGGCGGAGAGCCUGGCACAGGCAAACAAGGAGUCGUACGAAAGAGAAGCUAGGAUGACGAGGGAGAUCGAGCGAUUGUUGAACGAUCAUGAUAGUACCUACGCCCACACGAUGACUAGCCUGGAGAAAAGGUCGAAAAUGAGUAGCACAGCAUCUAAUCAUAGCUUUCAUUCAAACGAGAAGUACACUGAUAAGGAGCUCUUCAAGAGCAUUGAUCUUAAGUUUUUCGAGAACGAAAACAACCUUGAUUCGCCUGAAACUGAACAACUCAACGAAACCUUUACUAAAUCUUCCCGACCAGUAGAGGCUGCAGAAUUUAGAGAAAGCGCCAAUUAUGAAGACGAUUUUCUGACUGAUGAAGACGAUGGAAGCGGCGAUGACGAAAGUUUUCUAAGAUCCUCUGGAAGUUCUGAGUUUGCAGAGGACGAAGAUAACUUAGAUUCAUCACUGCGUAUUUCCGGAAUCAGACUUCGGUCCGCGAGAAGCGAAGAUGAGGGAAAGUUGACUGACGUUUCGCCUCUCGCUUCAGAUGAUGAAACAGUUACUGAAGAUUCCUCUUCGUACGCAAAACAGCAGAAUUGUCCACCUUUAUUUCCAAAGAACUUGAGACCAACGAAGAAAACUAAAAAUGUUGUUGCCACUAAUCCGAGACCAAAAUCUAGCAUCUCAAACACGAACCGAAGCAGCAUCCCGUCAUCGACUAGACUUCUGAAUCCUAAUAAUGACGCAACUGAUAUUUCGAAGAUUCUCGAACAUGUCUUGGCACUGGACAACGAUGACACUGAAAGCAACUGUUUCAGCUCAGUUAGCAGAAAUAUGCGACCGAGAAGUAAGCCGAAAAAGAACUUGAGUGUAUCCGCGUUUAGGGCCAGAGAGAUCGAUCGCGAGAAUGAGCGAUUGUUGGGCAAGCUUAAGAAACCCCAUCGCAAACCGCUAUAUCCAGGGGCACAAAAUAAACCUCCUCAGAAACGAUGCCAUAGUGCAGGAAUUAACCGAACAAAACAGUUUGAGCACAUUGACGAGGAGAAUAGCAAACUUUUGAGUCGUUUAGAGCAAGUUAAGGGUUCGAAAUUUUUGGCUCGAGAGACUCUUGACCAGGAGCAUCGAGAUUUUGUGAAGUAUGCGUUGAACUGUUCUAAGUCGAAGAGCAUCGCGGGAAUAACAGAUUAUCCGAGUUCACCCAGCCACCGUCCUAUGAGCGGAAUAAAAACUCUUGGUGCCUGGGAUUAAAGAUUAUAAGUUAUUGCUGAAUGUAUAAAAUUUGUAAAAAUGUAUGUCAUGUAUAAAAGUAGACCUUUUAUGAGAAUCACUAUAGCUAUAUCAAUUCGACUUUUUCAAUGA